AACAUAUUAACUAGAAGAUUAAGUGCGUUCAAUUGCCGCGUGUAAUGAGAUGCAACUGGUUGGUAACAGAGUGUCACCACUAAGCUGCAGAACAAAACGAGUGUGAAACGUUAAGCGACUCAUUACCAUGUACAUCAAAUCUGGCCACCGAUUUCUCAGCGAUAAAGGCCAAAUAAUCUUUCCCGGACCACCGACACGUUCGCCAGCUUUGUACUAUCAGACGACCCCAUCGACGACAACUACUACCAGCACGACCACGAUGGCUUCCCUGCCGGAAUCGGGAGUUAGUGAUGAAAAUGGAAACUAUAUAGUGCCAGAUAUGUGGCAGAGUAAAUCAAGCUCCGGCUCGGACAUGCUGUCCGACAAAAUACAGAUGUUUUACAUCUACAUCACCGUCACAAUAACGUCCGUCUUCAUCAUAGUUGUGCUGGGCAUUUUUGGUUACAUGUGCUACAAGAGAAAAGGAUUUCAGAAUAUCGAUGGUCCUGAAGCACCUAUCGAAACUACGAGACGAAGAAGCAGCACCCACAGAUCCACUCGCAGAUAUUCGCGAAACAUUUCCAAAGAACGUGAAGCCACUGCGUCUGCAGCAGUCGCUGAAGACAAUCCUGGACAAACGUUGCUCCGGUGA